AUGCAGGAUUUGCAGUGUGUUAUGGCAGGCAGACGAAAGUUUUACUCAGCCAGGGAAGUCAUUGAGUACAUUUGCCUUCCUGAUGGUGCUUUAUCUGACACAGAAUCCAUUCCAGACGAUAAAAUUGCUGAUCCAGAUUUUGAGGAAUCUCCUGAAGCAUAUGAGUCUGACUCCAGCUUUGAUGAUGAUAAGCCACUGGCAGCAAUACCAAAAGCUAAUCUCAACCACCUUGAUGUUGAAAUUCAUAACAUACAUGCAGACAGUGACACUGAGGUCCCAGAUGACAAUGAACCUCAGCCAGGCCCAGCUCCAGUCAACAAAGAGUUUUCUUGGAGGCAGAGGAAACCCCCAGCAGCUGACAUAGACUCUUCAUUCCGAGGACCUGCAUUCUUACCUCCCCCAGACGAAAUACCAAGUCCAAAGUGGUAUUUUGAUCAGUUCAUGGACAAAUCUGUGUUUGAACAUAUUUCUAACCAAUCUAACUUGUAUGCAGUUAUGAAGAAUGGCCCAGAACUGAAAACAACCCCUUCUGAAAUAGAGCAAUUCAUUGGUUUACACAUCUUGAUGACCGUAGUACGUAUGCCAUCGUACCGCAUGUACUGGCAGACGGCAACCCACUACGACCCAAUUGCGACAGUCAUGGGACGUAAGCGAUUUGAUAAUCUGCGUACAUACAUCCACAUGAACGACAAUACCAAUGUGAAGCAAAAGGGUGAGCCUGGAUACGAUCCAUUAUUCAAGGUGCGUCCAGUUCUUGAGAAUGUCCGUGCCAACUGUUUGAAGGUUGAACCAGAAGAAAACCACUCCAUUGAUGAGCAGAUCCCCUUCAAAGGAAAGAUUGGAAUGAAACAGUAUAUCAAGAACAAGCCGCAUAAAUGGGGAAUCAAGGUCUUUACUCGUGCAGGUGUCACUGGACUAGUCUAUGACUUUGAAGUAUACACUGGAAAAGGGACCGUGACCAAUGAGCGUGGACUUGGUGUUGCCGGUGAAGUUGUGCUUCGUCUUGUAUCAGAAGUUCCAAAAGGACUAAACUACAAGUGCUUCUUUGACAACUGGUUCACUUCCCCUGAACUCAUUGUGGAACUGAAGAAAAUGGGAAUUCUAACAGUUGCUACCAUCAAUCGUAACCGUCUCCGUGGAUGUACCCUCAAGAGUGACAAGGAACUCUCAAAGGUCGGGCGUGGUGCGUAUGAAGUGAAAUACGAAAAGACAAGUGGGAUGUCCAUCGUGAAGUGGUAUGAUAACAAGGCAACAAACUUGCUGGCAUCAUCCUUCAUUGGCCCUGAACCUGUUGAGAGAUGCAGAAGGUGGUCGAAAGAGAAGAAGGAAUAUGUGGAAGUGGACAGACCCCACAUUGUCAAGGUGUACAACCACAACAUGGGAGGAGUAGACUUAGCAGACAUGUUUGCAGCUCUCUAUCGCAUUGACAUCCGCCCACGUCGUUGGUAUCUGCGCAUCUUGUACUACUUGAUUGACCUAUCACUGGUCAAUGGUUGGCUCCUCUAUCGCCGUCAUCUCACCCAGAAGCAGGAGAAGAAGUAUAUGCCACUUCUUGACUUCCGUGUUCAAGUUGCAGAUGCCCUCAUCAAGGUUGGCAAACAGGCUGACUUGAACAGUAGGAAAAGAGGACGACCGUCAUUGGAAGAUGAUCCAACGUCCCAUCAAGCUGCCCCACCUCCACCUCCACUUCAGAGGAUCUCUGCACCAUCAGUUGAUGUCAGAUUAGACCGAUGCGAUCAUUUCCCCAUCCAUGCUGAGAAACGUGGACGAUGCAGACUGUGCAAGAAUGGCUACACGCAAAUGGCCUGCCUGAAGUGCAAAGUACUUCUGUGCUUUACAAAAGACAAAAACUGUUUCUUGGAGUACCAUAUGACAAAGUGA